AGCUCCACGUGACAGCGCAUCAAGACUUAUACAAAAGCCCAUCGCCUUCAUCCCAUUCUUUACUUUGGACCAGACCAUCACCACCGCAACCCACAAUCCCUCAACCUCAAGAGCUUCACGCACAUACAAAGCCUUUGUCUUGUUUCUGUAUUGCUCUGAUCAACCUAAUUCUACCAUUCUUCUUCAGACACUUACAUUCACAAUACAAUGGCUGCGCAAAUCACUCCUUCGAAGCAGGCUGCUUCCGCCAUUGAGAACUUCAACAUGGAGUCUCCCGUCAAGAAGCUCGACUUCGGCGUUGCCAACAAGGAGAACGAGCCUUUGAACAAGACCCUCGAUACCACCGACCUCAAGACAAAGAUUGUCGAAGAGCCCAAGAAGGAGGAGACCAAGGCCGCUGUUGCCCCUGGCAUCAAGUCUGAGGAAGCCGAUGAGCCUCUCCUUCAGGAGAACCCUCAACGUUUCGUUCUCUUCCCCAUUAAGUACCAUGAGAUCUGGCAAAUGUACAAGAAGGCUGAGGCUUCCUUCUGGACUGCCGAGGAGAUUGAUCUCUCCAAGGAUCUCCACGACUGGAACAAUCGCCUGACUGCCGAUGAGCAGUUCUUCGUCUCUCACAUCCUUGCCUUCUUCGCUGCCUCUGAUGGUAUUGUCAACGAGAACCUCGUUGAGCGAUUCAGUGGCGAGGUCCAGAUCCCCGAGGCUCGUUGCUUCUACGGCUUCCAGAUCAUGAUGGAGAACAUCCAUUCCGAGACCUACUCCCUUCUCAUUGACACCUACAUCAAGGAGCCCGCCCAGCGAACCUACCUCUUCAACGCCAUUGAGACCAUUCCUUGCAUCCGAAAGAAGGCCGACUGGGCCAUCCGAUGGAUCCAGGAUAAGGACUCCUCCUUUGCCCAGCGUCUCGUUGCCUUCGCUGCUGUUGAGGGUAUCUUCUUCAGCGGUGCCUUUGCCUCUAUCUUCUGGCUCAAGAAGCGUGGUCUCAUGCCCGGCCUGACCUUCUCCAACGAGCUCAUCUCUCGUGAUGAGGGUCUCCACACUGACUUUGCCUGCCUCCUCCACUCUCACCUUAAGGGUCGUGCCAGCAAGCAGAUGAUCCAGGACAUCAUCACUGAUGCCGUCACCAUUGAGCAGGAGUUCCUCACUGAGGCUCUCCCCUGUGCCCUUCUCGGCAUGAAUUCUGACCUCAUGAAGCAGUAUAUUGAGUUCGUCGCCGAUCGUCUCCUCGUCGCUCUUGGCAACGAGAAGGUCUACAAGGCUAGCAACCCCUUUGACUUCAUGGAGAACAUCUCCCUUGGUGGCAAGACCAACUUCUUCGAGAAGCGUGUUGCCGACUACCAGAAGGCCGGUGUCCUCCACAGUGCCACUAAGAAAACUGAGGCGGACGAGUCCCCUAAGGGUGAGAACGGCGGUGACUUCACCUUUGACGACGAUUUCUAAACGUCUCGCCUCGUCGUUUCUCUUUCCUUCUGCCUGGGCAGUUGCCCAUUGGCACGCGCACAUGUGAACAAUAUACCCUGUUUUACUUCUUGUACAUUUGAAAUGGGCCUCGGGGCAGCGAUGCUUGGUUAAUACUACGGUUAAGGUCUCAAUCAUACUUUGGAUCCGGAAGCUGGAUUUGCACGGAUCGGCACGGCGUUAGGGGAUGGGGAUCUGGACUCAGGGUGGAUGAAAAUAGCAUUGACGGCUUAAUCGUAUUUAUGGAUGACGAUAUUAUUUUACCACUCUCCUAGAUAGAUAUGAAUUAAUUAGAUUAGUA